CCGCUCCGGGGCACCCACGAGGGCGCUCCGCGGCCGCGCCUCCCCUCCCGCCUCCUCCUCCUCUUCCACCUCUGGCUGUGGCGGGCGAGGACACGUCAGGGGCCAUAAAUAAAUAAAUAAUUGCAGUCCCCCGGGGACGGCGAGGCGAGCCGGCUGCGGCUCGGAGGGAGCGGAGAGCGGCGGUGCCCACCCGGUGCCAGCGCCAGUUGUUUGUAAGAGGAAUUUCCUGAUACGACUGAAAACAGCAUCAGUUUCAUCUAAGCAUCUUUCAAAGCGAGGACUGAUGAGCUGCCUUGCCUUUGUCCUCCCUACCCUCCAAAACUAAAAAACAUUAAAUAAAAUAAAAAUAAUAAAAAUGUCAAGCAAUUUAGACAUUGAUCAGCCUGGUAAACGAAUUCUGCCAGCAAACAGAAGUCCUACUGUUGUAAAGAAAAUUGAUAAUCUGGAGUCUGCUCUACCUCUCUUCCUCUGUAUUGCCUUCAAAUACCAUACUUCGAGGAAUAGUGACUGGACUUACCAAUUCCACGUAUAAACCAAAGAAGUCUGUUCAAGUGGGAAUCUGUCAACAGGUUACCUGAAUUGCAAAGAGAAGAGCAGAAAUGCCACCACCUGCAGGUGGCCCACCACUACACCCACCUCCUGAUGGAGGAUGGGGCUGGGUAGUGGUUGCAGCGUCUUUUAUCUCCAUCGGAUUCUCAUACGCAUUCCCCAAAGCCAUCACAGUAUUCUUCAAAGAAAUUCAGCAAAUAUUCAGCACCAGCUACAGUGAAAUAGCAUGGAUAUCAUCCAUUAUGCUGGCUGUAAUGUAUGCAGGAGGUCCCAUAAGCAGUAUUUUGGUGAAUAAAUAUGGUAGCCGGCCAGUGGUGAUGCUAGGAGGUUUGCUGUGCUGUGUGGGAUUGGUCGCAGCCUCUUUUAGCACCAGCGUAAUAGAGCUCUACGUCACUGUGGGAUUCAUUGGAGGUUUAGGUCUAGCCUUCAACCUGCAACCCGCCUUAACAAUCAUUGGCAAAUACUUCUAUAAGAAACGACCCAUGGCGAAUGGGCUCGCCAUGGCAGGAAGUCCUGUUUUCUUAAGUACAUUAGCUCCUUUCAAUCAGUUCCUUUUUAAUAUGUUCGGCUGGAAAGGAAGCUUCAUGAUUUUGGGAGGCAUAUUGUUGAAUGCCUGUGUGGCUGGGGCUCUCAUGAGACCCGUUGAAUCCAAACUAAGUACUAAGGCUCAAAAUAAGAUUGGCGAAACAGAGCUUGAGUCGGGUGUGAAAAAAAGCCACAAGAAGCAAUCAGCCUGGGAAAAAAUUAAUAACUAUUUAGAUUUCUCCCUUUUCAAGCAUAGGGGGUUUUUGAUAUACUUAUCUGGAAAUGUCAUUAUGUUUCUAGGAUUUUUUGCCCCCGUUAUAUUCUUGGCUCCAUAUGCUAAAGACAAGGGGAUUGAUGAGUACUCUGCAGCCUUCCUGCUGUCCGUUAUGGCUUUUGUUGACAUGUUUGCGAGGCCUGCAGUAGGAUUCAUUGCAAACACCAAACUUGUUCGACCUCGAAUCCAGUACUUCUUCAGUUUUGCAAUUAUGUUCACGGGAGUGUGUCAUCUCUUGUGCCCAUUGGCAGAGGACUACAUAAGCCUGGUGUUUUAUGCUAUAUUUUUUGGUCUUGGAUUUGGGAGUGUUAGCAGUAUCCUCUUUGAAAGUCUCAUGGACCUUGUUGGUGCUCAAAGAUUUUCCAGCGCCGUGGGACUCGUCACCAUUGUGGAGUGCUGUCCAGUUCUCCUCGGCCCUCCUCUGGCUGGUAAAUUGGUGGAUGAAACUGGAGAGUAUAAAUAUAUGUAUAUAGCCUGCGGGGCUAUUGUGUUCCUAGCAAGUGUGUGGCUGCUCAUUGGUAAUACUAUAAACUAUAGAUUGCUUGCAAAGGAAAAGAAGUUGGAAAAAGCAAAGGAGGAAACGUAUAACAAGCCUGAGUCCCGAGAAUCUGAACCUUUGAACGCAUCUAAACAAUGUGAUGCUGAAGUCAAAAGCACGAGGCCAGGGCGCAAUCCCUCAGAAAGAGAAACUAAUAUAUAGCAAGAAUCACGCCUCUGAUUUCAGUGUUUAUGACUUUUUAAAAAAUAUGUGUUUGUAUUGAUUUUUUAGACAGAAAGGAAGGAAGAGGGGAAAGGAGAUAGAAACAUAGAUGAGAGAGAAGCAUUGAUUGGCUGCCUCCUACCGAGGAUCCAGCAGGCAACCCGGGCAUAGGCCCUGACCAGGAAUCGAACCAGCGACCUCUUGGUGCAUGAGACAACGCUCAUCCACUGAGCCACACCGGCCGGGCCAGUGUUUAUGACUUUCUUAUAAGAACUUUUUUUUUCCCUCCAAAAUAUUGGAAAGGAGUUUAGUUUAAAUAAAACUUCAUAAUGAAUGACGGAGAUGAGAUUUCCCUCAAUGGCAGAUUUUAAAUGUUUCCUUUUUAAAAGUUAUAUUUUGAGAUUAUGCAUAUAAAGAAUGCAAGGGUUUUAUUUUCAUACAUGACUCUGGUUGUGGUAAUUAAAAUAAUUUCCAAAUCUUCCAGUGACUUCCAGUCUUGAUUAUAGAGAUCUGAAUUCCAAACCCCUGGUUUAAGUAGUUAGAAGGAAUAUGUUUAAUCCUAUAAAAAAUACCCUCUCCACAUUUCAUUUUUUAAGAUAUUAAAGUGUGAAAUGGAACUAAAGGCAAAUGAAUUUCCACUCACAGUAUCUGGAGAAUAAAAAACAAAUAAGUUCAAAAAGAAUAUUAUCACCAUACUAUUUUUUUUUCUUUUUACUUAAAAACUAUCCGUGGAGAAAAAAGAUGUGUGUUAUAUUUGCAUACUACUGUACAUGUGGAUUUUAAAGAUAAGAACAUGGGUGGUGGAAAUGAGGUGAUCUUAAUUUGAAAAUACAACUAACUUUUUUAAACCGUAAGAUUUGAUUAAUUUGAUUAGCCCAUGCACAUGCUUUCUUUGAGGGGGCCAUUAGUACCUGGUAGUAGAGAAUAGCACCCUCAAAUUAAUUUUAGAAUUUUUACCUAAUAUGUAAACUAAGUUAAAAGCCUAAAUUACCCUCAAGCAAUGGACUGCGUCCAUUGAUUUUAAAAGGGAUUUUUAAAAAGAUUUUUUUAUUGGUUUUGAGAGAGAGAGAGAGAGAGAGAGAGAGAGAGAGAGAAUGGAUUAUUGAACUUGCAACCUUCGGAGGAGGUAUGAUGCCCAACCAACUGAGUUGCACAGGGCAGGGCUAAAAAGGAUUUUUGUUAGUAAUCCAGAAAGUAAGAACCAGGGAUUUUAUUUUAACCAGAACUCAUCUGAGCUAUUUUCAGACUGAGACAGCAAGUAGAAUCAACCCAAAUCCUGGUGGAUAGAUUUACAGAUAAGCCAAGUUGUAAUUUUUCCCAACACGCAGUGGUGAUCAAUAGGUUACUGUUAUGAAUAAUACAUUUGAGAAAACUAAGAGUGCAGGGGUGCUUAUAAUGAGCCCUCUAAACUCUCAUUUCCUCCCUUCCCCAAAAAUGUAAAAGCAAAAACCAAAAAUCAGAAAUAGGCUUUUCACUCAGCCGCUGAAAAUGCCUCCUAUCAUAGGGAUGUCGGCGCUUGAAAAUUCUGCCCUCCACUGACCGGGCUUCCUGCUGCCUCUGAACUUACCUGGUAACUAUUAACUAAACCAGCAGACUGUUAAAAAAAACAGCUGCUAGGACUGGAGGCUGUGCGUGAGCUGGUACAUGCACUUGUGAAGGGCAGGGAUCGUGUGUAACAAUAGCAAGAAGUUUGCAAUCCUGCGGCCCAGAUUAAUUUCGCGGUUUCUCGUUUUCAUGGCGAUGUGAAAACAUCUGGGAACCCGCAGCACUCCUGAAUACAGUGGCACAUGAUAGUUUUCUGUACAUUCAGAACUGUAAAUACCAUUUUGAGUUAUAAAGCGCUUGUAAACAAGAAAGAAAUUGUGCUUUACGACUAAAGGUAUAAAUAUUUUGUCUACAGAUCUGAAGUUUAAGUUAAGACCAUGAUUAGUAAAAAGCAUUUAGUGCUUGAUUAUUGAAGUGAUAUCACUCUCAAGAUGUCAAAAGAAAUUUGCUGGGGUUUUUGUGUGUUUUAUUAAUUGCGGUAGAGACAGGUGCUAUUCUUAUUCCCUAAAAGAUUGUACCUGUAUAUCAAGCUUUGGUGAUAGCUUACAUGAAGGAUUUAAUUUGUAAAAUGUAUGCACUGUUUAAGCAUGCGGUUCACAUUUAGGAAGCUAUAUAAAAUUCCAUAUUUCAUUUAACGUUCACUGUUUGCAUAAAAAAGAGGUAUUUGUAUUUUUCAAAUAUUAAGUAAAACGAUAUGUGCCAAUACCAUCAGUAAAUUAAUCAGGGAAAUGUGGCAGUAUAUGGCUGUGGGUUUUUAUUAUUAUUUUUUUUUAUUAUUAUUAUUUCAUUUUAUCCAAUCUUGAGUCUUGAAUGAGCUAUUUUCAUAUUAUGAGUGCUUUUCUAUGUAACUCUGAUUCGUCAUAAGCAAUGCAAUAUCGUAAAUUAGUCACUCUCCAGUCUUCAACAUUUCCCAAAGUGUCUUGAAUUCUCUGGAGACACACUUGUAAAUGAAUAUAGAUAUUAGACUCAGGAGUAAGGAGAAUAAAUAGCAGAAUAGUGAUCAUGGGUUUUAGGUCUAAGGCUAUAGUCCUUUUUAUCACCAGCUGGUAGAGACGUGCUGGUGGGGGGCAUUCCAGUAGUUAUCUCCACAAAAAAAGGUUUAUUCACAUACUGACAAAUUUCUUGUCAAAAACCAAUUCAUAUUUAUUUUAUUGCUCCUUGGUCAUCUUCAAUAUGCUUUCAUUUCUGGCACUGAUUAUAUCAAAUUGUUAAAAAAAAAAAAGAAAGAGAAGGGAAAUUGUGCAUUCAGAGUGCAUGAUAUGAUGUAUACAGUCAUGUCUGGCAGUGGCAAUGCAGCAAGUUACAAAUACGUACACAUAGCAAUGCCCAUACAUACAUAUUGAAAAUUUAAAUCAGAGUAUACUGGAAAAAGUGGUAUAAAUUCUCAUACAGGACGCAGAAUUGUUCCAAGGCACUCUUCCUGCUCCCUUGAACUUGUUAAAAUAUUUAUUGAUUUAACAGAAUCUUUCAAAGAUUGAAAAGAGAAUAUUAACUUAGAACAUUCAUUAUCAUUUUGCCACAUAAUAAUGGUCUUUCCUGGUCCUUUUUAGGUCUAAUCAGCACACAUUUAAGAGGCAGGGAGUCAGGCUCUGGUGUACUUCAUGUUGGAAGACUUGAUGUUUUCUCAGUGUAACUUCACAUGACACGUAAGUUUCACUUCGUUAGUACAGAGUUCCAACCACCUUAUCUACACACACACACACACACACACACACACACACACACACACUAUUCCCAGACACUAGGAAAUAACUAAAAUCAUUAGGUUUGAUACACUUGAAUGUGCACUUUAGAAAUCUAGGUAUUUUUUACUCAUCCUUCUCUGGCUGCACAUGACAACUGAGGAUAAAGAAAAAAAGACCAUAAGAUAUAUUAAUGGAAGUUGAUGUUAUAAAAUAUAGAAAUAGCCUUAAUCAUUAGUUGGAACUUAUUUCCUAUCAAAAAUACAUUUUCAAAAAAAAAAAAAAAAACACACACCCAAAACCUCUCAUUUGUAUAAAAUUUUAGGCUUAAUUUAAAAAAAAUUGUGACUGUUAGGUUCAAUUUAAUAGGAAGAAAGGAUGCAAAGUGGGAAGGGAUCUAGUCUUUAUGUAUUAUGCAUUUUGCCUACCUAAUAUUUUUUAAUAUUCAAGCCAAAUCAUAGGUAGAGGCUAUUGGCCUGAUAUAAUAGAUGAGUGAAACAAAACCAAAAAAAAAAAAAAAAAAAAAAAAAAAAAAACAAAGAAAUUCAGCAAAUUACCAAAGAUAAAAGGUAAUGUGUGACAGAAUCAGAACUAAAACUCAGGUUUAUCUAAAAGCAGAAAGAGCCCCUAGGAUGUUUACUACCUGCUGCCUCCUAAUAGGAGGUGUAGAAGCUAGAUGCAAUACAGAUACAACAAAUUUAAACCUUAUGCAGGGAAACCAAUUAGGUUUAACUUCUAUUCAUAUUAUGAUUUAUAUAGUGUUUGUUAGAGGCUGCAUUUGCUAUAACCUGAUUACAUAAUUUCAAGUUGGCUGUUUUUCUAGUCAAUGCACCUUACCCAAAAUCAUGGUAAUGAUUAUGUAAUAUCCAUAAUUAUUUUAAUGUAACUUUUCAUAAAAAGAAUGACAUAGUUGUAUGAUUCAAGCAUAAUAUAUUUUCCCUGAGGUUGAAUUUAGAAGAACAAAGUUAUUUUCUUUAUGGAUAAGUAAUUCCCAUAUUGGUAGCUACUUAUUAUGACUCAAGAAUUGAAAGUACUUAUUAUGAAACAUUAUUUUCAGAAUUAUGAUUCUUAUUUACAAGAUUUUCCUAAA